UACAAUAAUAAUGCCAUGGCCUCUGUAAUGGCUGGGUUUACCGAUGUCUCUUGGAUUAAUAAAUCAGUACCAAGGGAUCAUUUGACAAACGAAGCUGACAAAAAUUCCAUGGUUCCUAUUGUAGAUGCAAUACUUCGAUGCGGACAAUCAUUUGACAAGUCAUCGAAAUCGAUACACUAUAAAAAAUUACGUGUGUAUAUACGACAAGGAUUGUCGCCUGUUCUUCGACCCAAUACAUGGAGAACACUGAGUGGUUCCCGGAAAGUUUCUGAAACCACGCCAACUCUCUUUCAGGAUAUAAAAGACGAUUUAGAGUACGCCUUGUUCACAGGAACGGACCACUUUUUUAAUGCAAGUUUUAUAGAAAAACAUUACCUAACAGACGAAGGCUGGAAGAAAUGUGAAGACGUUCUUGCCGUCCUUUCACAACUUCAUUGCGAUAUAACGUUCUGUCCGAUCCUUCAACAACUCGUCUGUAUUUUUAUGCAUUUUAUGGACAAGGAAGACUGUUUUGCUUGUAUGGAAUCGUUACUUGGCUCAAGAAAAUACAAGUUAGAUAAAUCCGCAACCGAUUACUGUAUAACUGCGAAGACCUUUCAAGAUACCCUUAAGAAGUGGAAGAAGCCAGUGUAUACGUGGUUGAAAUCACUCUUCAAGAAAAAAGAGAACGUAAACUGGAAAAAUAGGAUAUACUGCGUAGAUUGGCUUCAGUGGAUAUUCAAAUAUCUUGAUUUUUGGACCCUGGUUCAUCUCAUCGACAACUUUCUCUUGGAUGGAGACAAAGUUUUUUAUCGUAUUGGGCUUGUGCUUUUCGAGCAGGUCUACGAUGUCCACAAGAAUGAAGAAAAUACCAACAUUGAUGAACUUGAGAAAAUAUUUGGCGAGGUGACAUCCAUGAGCUCCGCACAAUCAUCGCAACUUAUCAGUCAAUCUCUAAAAAUCCUGGGUGUCUCAAGACAAAUUAUUUUCCAACUAAGACAAACGAAUAUUUCCCUCGAACAUUCAGGAGUUUUAUCACUUCCUAAUAUUGAACGUGAAACUGUCUUUCGUGGUAAAGUUGUAGGCUCAGAUCUGUUAACCCAAUCUCAGGUUCAAGAACUUUUUGCAGCGUUGCCAAGGCGUUUGCGUCAACUCUGCAAACUGACUUGUAUUUUUUCCACCGAAGUUCAUGGAACAAGUUUAACAUCCUUUUAUCAAAAAUGUCAAGAAGAACACUAUACAGUUUUAAUGGUAAAAACUACAACUGAGGAGAUUCUUGGUGCAUUUCUCUCGGCGCCAUGGAUUGAACGCUUUGAGCACCAAAAUGGUUUCUUUGGAAAUGGGGAGACAUUUCUGUUCCACUUUCUCCCAGAGUUUAAAAGAUUCACGUGGCGUGCGCUCACAACUAAGGACCUCAGCUCACCAGCAUUUUUUAUGCUCGCGGACCCACAAAGAAUUGUUGUGGGAGGGGGAAGUGGUUGGGGUCUGAGCAUCGAAGAAGACCUGACUCAUGGCAGAAGUGAAAGAUGUGAUACAUUUGACAAUGAGCCGCUCUCGUGCGGUGAUGCAGGCGAAUUCGAGUGUUUAAGGGUUGAGGUUUGGGGCUUGGAAGAAAUGGGACAUUUGGCAACAUUUAUGGAUAGUACGGACGAGUACAUUGAAAAUAAAAUAUCACUAUUUACGGAUAACAACAGAUGACCCCCACAAAUCAGAGUCCGCUGUCAUGGACGUCGGAAGCACGUGCACCUUUCCAGGAGAACGGGGAUUCUUUGUUGAAUUAAAUUUAAAUAUAUUUUGAGAAUGUAAGAUUUAUUUGAUAGAUUUUGCAUAUACGUCAAAGGGACACAUGUGAUGUGAACAAUUCAUCCGAAAGCAAUACAACAAUCACCUUUUUUAAUAUA